AUGCCUAACCAAGUUUUAGAAAUUUAUACAUCUGAUAGUAAUAAUUCAACAAGUUCAUUUUCAAAAAAUUCUACCAAUAACUUUGAUAGUAGGUGGCAAAAAAAUAGUAAUUUUACUGUACACAGAUCAUUUCAAUCUCUUGUAUUUGAAAGAUCAAGCAAUCUUGACGAAGGAUCAGCUCAAGGCAUUGGAAGUGUUGUCUUACGUCACAAGGAAUCAUGGAGAGAAAGUAAUGGAUUAAUUUUUAUCUUGGAUAAGAAUUUCAAUGAAAGAUUACUUUUGGUAGAUGAAAAGCAUAUUAAAGAAGUAAUAACGGAAGCUCAUGGAACAGAAGGAGUUGGUGUGGAUAUUUCGAUGGAUUUCAUGGAAUUACCAAAGAGCGUUAAUGGUUAUGAUUAUGUUUUGGUAGUGGUGGAUAGAUUUUCGAAAUAUACAACUAUCAUUCCAACUACGAAGGAAAUCACAGCAUUGGGUACAGCAAAGUUAAUUCAUCAACAUGUGUUCUCAUUGUUUGGAUUACCGUUAUCAAUUGUAAGCGAUCGUGAUACUCGCUUUACAAGUGAAGUGUGGUUAGAACUCUUUAAGAAAGUAGGAUCAAAAUUAAGAAUGUCCGUACCGAGACAUCCACAAUCAGAUGGCCAGAGCGAGCGCACUAACAGGAGAAUCAGAUCUAUGCUCAGGAAGCUAUCGUUGGAGUUCAAAGACAAGUGGGAUGAAGAGAUUAAGAAUAUUCAAUUCGCGAUCAAUUCAACCUAUAAUUCAACAAUCAAACUAUCACCUUUCGAAUUCAAGCUAAACAAAGACAAUGAAUCAUUAGUUAAAGGUAUUGAACCAGAUAUCAUUGACAAUGAAGAAGAGUUUGAAAUAGAACAAAUCAUUGGAGAUCGAAUGUUCAGAAAGAAGAAGCAGUAUCAAAUCAAAUGGCUUGGCUAUCCUUUAGACAAAGCCACAUGGCAAUACUCAAAGAACAUAGAUCAUGCUAAAGAUCUUAUUAAAGAAUAUGAAAACAACAAGACACAACAAAUCCAAUCAAAGAAGAAGAAAAUUUAA